GGUUGAAAGAAGGAAAAAAGCCUCCCUUUGAUCUACCGCCCGACGGCAGACCAAUGGUAAAGCUUGAUGGUUUAGCCUGCAAGUGGCUGGCUUGGGGAGCCACAGAGAGAGAGAGAGACGCGGAGGAGAGCCCCACGCUGCAGUGAGACACAGUGAGACUCGCGCAAGGUGACACAGAGGGGACGUACAGGGACACACAAAGACACACACAGCGGGGAUUGACAAGAAGACAGAGGGAAACACACACACACACGCGCGCGUGAAUAUACAUACACACGGGCUGUAGAUAAAGAGACGGAGUAAGAAGCCGACACAUCAGUCUGGAUAUUGUGCUUCCUGGAAGGCGUGCGCGUGUGUGUGCGUGCCGUUUGCAAAGAUUUCUUGAAUUUCAAAUCGAAUAAGAAGAUAAACUAAGACCAGGGAGAGAGAGAGAGCGAGAGAAAAAUCGUGAACGAAAGAGAGAGCGAGCGAGCUAGGAGAGCUGUACUCCUCCACUGUGAAAUUACAGAAUCACAGUCAUCAUCGCCACCACCACCAUCAUCAUCAUCGUAACAAGAAGAAGAGCGAGCGAAGGAACGAGAGUCCUGGCCGCCCUCUCUUCGCGCACGGAUGCCGUGGCCCACAUAGCGAGGGACGAUGGGCAAACUGCAAUCAAAACACGCCGGGAGACGGCGGGAGAGCCCUGAAGGCGACAGUGUUGCUGCGAGCACGUCAUUGUGCCGACGACUGGAGGACAGUGGAGGAGGCUCGAGAGGAAGACUCGCGGGGCACAGAGGCAGACUCACCUGCCCGGAUGGAGUGAAGGAUGGAUAUCGCUACUUGGACGAGGAAUGCUCCGAAGUUUUCCAGAAGAGAGGGGAAGGAUCAAGUCCCAGGUCUGUGGAGGAGGAGAAGCUGGGUUCUCUUCCUGGUCCCUUGAACUCAUCCUUCAAGAAACGGCUCAACUUUAACGAGAUGGAAUGUGAUGUUUCAGUGGCUGAGGGCAACAGGCAGGAAUGGACCUUUACGCUCUAUGACUUUGACAACAGUGGGAAAGUGACUCGGGAGGAUAUUGCCGGACUGAUGCACACAAUCUACGAGGUGGUGGACAACUCUGUCAACCACUCCCCCAACAACAGCAAAACUCUGCGCGUGAAGCUGAGCGUCACGCCAGACCCGAGCCAGCGGCGACGAGCGAAUACCGACGUACAGGGGACAUGGGCCGGUGCCACGGGGAGCCCCGACGGGGUGGGCGGUCCUGACAAACGGAACCUUCGUCGGCACAACAGUGACCAGAACCCCCCAGCCAACACGCGGCACCAUUACUGCCUGGACGAGAACAUAGAGCGGCGGAACCAUUACCUAGACCUCGCGGGUAUCGAGAACUACACGUCGCGCUUCGAGGAAGACACACCAGAAAAUAUCAAGCAGGAGCAACAGAGCAAGGCGACGCAGCCCCACGGUCGCUCGCACUCGCAGGGGCCCGAGAGUCACGGACCACGCGGCAGCCAUCGACCGCACGCUUGCGACGCCGGCGCCGGCCAAGGCGGUGACGCGCCGCCGCCACUCAACCGGCAGCAGGGCGAGGCCUUGGCGAGCAAGGCUCGAACCCAGCAGCAGCUUUUGCUGAUUGCGCGUUCGCCGAGGGUCCACGGCAAGCCAGCCACGGCCAAGUCCGGAAAAGCCCUCCGGUUGCAGUCACAGAGCGUGUACGCCCCGGUGCUUGCAUCGCCGUCCGAACUGCAGCAGCAGCAGCAGCACGGAAACAAGAAGCACCGGCAGAGGUCACGCGAGGCGCACGGGCGCUACGGGCUGGCGCCCGGGCCGGCGCUCCCGCUGCCCGUAGCGGGCGAGGGAGACGCUUACGGUGGAGCGUAUGACGCGGCGAUGCCUCUGAUGCAGCGGCACGAGCACCACCACUUCCACGAGCACCACCACCACCAUCACUACCACCACUACACGGAGACGUGACCGGACUCGCACGCACGCACGCAUGCUCGCUCGCUCGUGCUCUCAACCCGCCCGACCGACCGCUCCUUCGCUCGCUCACUCGCCUGCUGACCGGCUUCAGCGUAAACCAGUUUUAAUCCCCGCAAAUGUACUUCGACGUGACGCUCGCAUUCGCGUGGGGCGACGCUCAGCUACGCUGGCUGCCGUGGGCCGGCGGUGGAUAUUUUAUAUCACUUUGGCAGUUCAUCCACGAGGCAGCCACUGUUGACUUUCCACCCAAAGUGGUGCUUAUUUUAACCCUGGAGGGAUGGUGGGCUGGGUUGGAUCCCGGACCAGGAUUUGAACUUGUGACCUUGUGAUUGUGAGUGCCUCCCAGCCUCCGCAGCAGAAGUUCGCUUUCACAUUUCCUUCAGUGAGGAAUGAUGGAGGCGUUCCAGUACAGUACAAUUCAUUUCACACUUUCGUUUUGUUUAAUCGAGAUAAAUGUGCCGUCUAUUUACGAAUGGCGUACAUAACUGUAUUUAUCCGUUGUGUGUGUUUACCAUAUUUGCCUUAUGUUCGAAACGCUUUAAUUUUCCAGCAGUAUUGUGUAUAUGCAUGCGUAUGCAUACAUAUAUGUUUUAUAUGUGUGUGCAUAUGCCAUAUACUUGUACUUGACAUACACAGUGGAAUAUGCGCCUAUGGUAUAUAUGCUAUAAAAUCAGUGUCACUAUGCUCUAAUGACCAUUGAGUGUUCACCUACAACAAUCAACCAUUUUUGGAAUUUCCAUAUUUCCUCUUGCAGGAGUGGGGUACUCCAAAGGACAACUCUUGUUCAUUUCCCACCAUGUGUAUUUCAGUCUCACCAGGUACGGCUGAUGUCACUGAGAAUGGAGGGCCCAAUUAAGUUAUUAACGUGUCAACGCGUAACAUAUUAUUAGCGUGUCAAUUUAAAAUCUAAAUCUCAAGAUUUGUUACGCCUUCAUUCCCUACCAAUGUCGUGCUUUACCCCCGCCAUAUGUACAGAAUAUGUACCAUAGGCAUAUAAAAUUACACAUAUACACAUGCAUAUACAUGAUGUAUAUUACAAUACUUUUAUUUGUGUUUGACAUAAGGCUCGCCGAGAGAAGAAUCUUGUUUAAUAUAAAUACUGAGCUGUGAUAGAGGGACUCUGCAACGUGCAGUUUUACAUUGGACGUGACGUGUGGGUUUGCGGAUGUUUGUGAAGCCACGCUUUGUGGAGACUUAAAGGAAGACGCAACCCUAAAAAAGGACGGACAAAGUAAUGGUCUCACCACGGAAACGGAAACUCAUAAUUUGGCCUGCCAGCCACGGGUGUUCUGGACCAGUCUUCUCGUCUUAUGGGCUGCUGAUGCUGAUGCAGAACAACUACAAUUUCACAUUCAGGUGGUCGAGCUAGACAAUCGCAUCAGGAACAGCGGAGUGAUGCCCAGCAACAUAUUUGUUGCUUAAUCUCUCUUAUAUGUUACAUUGGUCCAGUCACGUGGCAGAUUAAAUCCAAUGGCGGCUGGUACGUGUGCCAGGGCAUUAGGGUGGCGGCCCAACAAAAUGUAUCUUUAAAAAAUAUACAUCUAAAAAACGGUAAUUUCCUCACGGCAUAUGAAAUCGAUUCUCCAUCAAUCUAUUUUCAGUAGAAUCAAUUCAAAUAGAAUCGGCUCCGAACAUUCGAUGCAGCACACGAAGGGCGCAUUAGAAAUUCCUAACCAUGUGCUCACUGAGGGGGCGGUUUCCCAUUGGCUGAUUCACACCCCGUCCCCGGAUGCAGCCAUGCGAAUAGGGGCCGGGCUGGGGCGCCUUGGAGUCCCCCCCUACCUCAAGCCAUUCACAAGCCGCUAUACGUGUAUGCAACCGAUGCCCCUGCAAGUAAAUGUAGGUUAUUCUGAAUUGUGAAUUGAUUGUUUAAUUGUCAGGUUCACAGUUGCAUUGUUUAGUUAAUCAUAGGUUAGUUAAUAUUUAAUCAUGGUAGCCCUCUCUUCAAACAUGCUCCUGUGAAUCACAACAACAACCGCAGAUUGACCUGCCACACAUAGGUUAUAGUGCCGUCAUUGUGGUUUCCCAUUGGAAUCCUGUGGACAAUUGCUUACAUUUCCUGAAAUGAAAUUUCCUUCAAUUCACAUUGAGUUUUCUUUUGCAAACUGGGCAAAUAUGAGGUUUUUUUCCCUGCAACCAACUAACAUGGGCGGCUCUCAGCAUGCAGCAAUAGUCCAUGGGCCAUUAUAAAGUGCUUGUCACGUGAUUCACUGUUAAUGGUCACAUGAAGAAAUUGGAACCACUAAAGUUGUGUCACCUCAGGUUUGUACGACAAGUGAGAUAUCUGGUCUGACUCAUGCAUGCCACGGUGGCGAGAUGUUAACUACCUCGCCUGGUAUAUAGGGAGGUCGUGGGUUCAAUCCCGACCCAGACGCCUCUAUAUCUUGAUCUGCCAUUUUAACACGUAGGAGUUUGAGAUCAAUAUUAUCCAUAAUAGAGGUUUUUGGGUUAGAUUGCAUCUUUUACCAAUUCAUUAGCGUUAAGUGGUAUUUGGUUAGCUUUAAGUGACUGAAUGUGAUGAGUUUAAGAAGACAGCUUAAUCCGCUUGAUGCCGAGUUUCUUAACUUUUCUUGCUUGAAGAAAACUAUCCUUCCCAUAUUUGUUAGUCAGUUUAACACGAUCUAACCAAACCACCUCUACUAUGGAGUUUGCAUGUUCUCCCCGUGGUCGUGUGGCUUUUUCUCCUGGUUCUCCGGUUUCCCCUCCACAUUUAGAAUCAACAUCACGCGUUUAGAGAAUUUGGCUGCUAUAAAUGUACACACGAUAAGCCGCUUGGUUGAGAUAUAUUUUUUGGCCAGUUCACUUCUGAAAAAGAGCUAUAUAUCUCAGUGGACCUUACGUGGUUAAAAAAGUGAAAGUUAAAUAGUUAAUUGGAGGCGAGGGGACUCAGAACGUCCCUAUGACACCACAGGAGGCCGCUAUGGGGCAUUCUUGUGAUCUCACAAUACGCCCCGAGCACGUGCGUGUCGUCAAGCUUACACUCUGCGAAUAUCUACGAAAUAAGACUGAGCAUUAUAUAUUUUUUUAGGUUGUGUCUUCGCACAACCACAAAUUGCAUCUGUUGGUUGUUGUUGGUGGGUUUUUUUUUGUUAUGGUUGUAACAGCUGUUUCUGAAAUGAGGUGCGAGGAGAGUCAAAGAAACGAACGAGAUGUACGCUGGAGAACAAACCAUGCAAGGAUUCGGGGGUCCGUGGUGGUUGGCGGUUUGCUUCCAGUGGGGGGUUUUGAUUGUCUUGGAACGGCAGGGUAAAAACAAAAAUGGCGUCGAGUUUGGCAUAUAAAUAACGAAGCAGAUGAGAGGGCACGGACAGUUCUAAAAGUGUUCAAGAACCCGUGCCUCAUUAAGUUAAAGGCAAUACAGUAGUUAUGGCUCGGGUAAGGGAUACACUCAGCCACGUUAUGGCGUACUGGGUGGCACUUAGAGGAAGGGGAUCUUACGAACGUCAUGUGUCCGUUACCUUAGUACCGUAGUGGCACAUGCUGGCCAGUUUCAUGAAUGCAACAUUUUUUUCCAAAUAAGAGAUCCCUGUCAGCGUUUAAUUGUGUGGUUAUAUAGAGUAUAGACACAGGUCCUCUUAGCCAUAUGUAAUUUAUGUCUAAAGGAGUGAAUGAACUUGCAUUCUAACACGUCACGAAACGUCUCAGAGUGAAGAUCCCCCUCCCACCUAUUGGCAGCUGCUGUGUCCCUUGCGCGGCACAAGGCGACUCAACGCCCUGCGCUCAGCGAUGGGGGUAGUCUGCCAGUAAGGGUGACAUUGAUUGCUGUGUGAGUUAAUUUUUGGAUGAUAUUUUUUCGGGGCAAAUUUGGACCUUGAUUAGCGUUGGAUAUUUUGUUGUUGUGGGGGAGUCGGGUGGGGGUGGGCUGGGAAAACCCGGAGGAAAACCUUGCAAAAGAGGGGGAUAACAGACUGAAGGGUAACCGAGUUGGGUAUCAAACCCAGGCCCUUCUUGCAGUGAGGCACAAGUGUUAGCACAGCGCCACUCUGCCUGCCACUGUUCUCAUUGACUGAGGAUCCAUAUGUAUGUGUGAUCUUCCCCUGAGUCUAGGCGAUUACGUAAAAAAACACUUAAUGGUUGAGACCUGAGUUCGAUUCUGGGUCUAGCCAUCUAUGAUUAAACAUUGUUAUUAGUGUAGUCAGUUGAUGGUCUCAGUUGUCGAUGACGACUUCAUAAAAAUAUAAAUACAUGUGGCGAUUCACUUAAUUUGACCAAUGCACAUAGCACAUAUUUCAGCGUGACACUUCGUUGUUGCUAUACAUUUUGACAAAAUGUGGUAAGCAGGAGGACAUCUAAUGUUGGGUCUUAGAGGCAUUCGAUGUGACUACAGAAGUAGUUCUGUAGUGUCAUCCUCCAAGGUUGAAGGAGCUCGGUUAGGGCACUUUUUGUUCACCAAUAACACAUAACUCCUAUCACGGAUUGGAUUUAAUGGAUAUGAAAAUAUGUAUGCUGUAUUUAAAAAAAAAGCAAAUAUACUAGCACUGGCCUAGAAACGAGGCAGGUCAAAUCGUUAUCCCUGGUCAGACGAGCAUAGAUUUGUGCUCAUUUCCAGUGGUGGUUCUGAGCCAUUGGUGGAAAUUAGACAUUUCUAUGGUGAGAGGGGGAGUCUGGUGCCCAGCACUGCUGACCUCCAACAGUGAUGGUGCCAUAGUGCCUCCCUGUGGCUCAAGCUGAACAACACUGGCAGUACUUUCCUCAUCAGCACGCCACGAAAACAACUUUGAAUCCAUCGUUUUCGACAAUGACCCUUCUAUAGGGCACAACUGAGGGAGGAAUGCAAAUUAUUGGGACUUGACAAAUAUAUUUAACGUAAUAAAUGACAAUUUAUUUUCAGUUGUCGAUUUUUUAAAAAUGUCAUCUGCUGCCCUGUUUUUCUCUCUGCUAUGAUAAAAAAGCAAUUUCCCUGAAAACAUUAACGUGUUGCGUUCCUCACAGUGAAAACCCUUCAGUACAAUCUCAUUACACAAGAUAUGCAGCGAGCUUGCAGUCAGAUAAUAAUGGCCUGCAGUCAUUUAUUGUCGAUUGGAAAGUGACUAAAUAGAAAAUAAACAGGUGAACUACAUUUAUAAAAUGGAGGUGGUAUGUGUCAAUAUGUAGAGUUUGUUUUUAGCUUGCAAAUAGUUUGCCUUGGAUAUGCUCCUAAUCCAAGGUAGAACAUUUACAACGUGGCCACUGAUAAUCGUCACAUGACAUGCGAUGUGAUUGGAAAUUCCACUAAAUUUAAUAUAGUAACAAUUCACAAUAUGUCGCAAUACAAUUACACGUACAUUUAGUAACAUAUGGCAAUAAAAUGUGCAAAUUGUGGAUCCUCAUUUAAUAGAGUGGCUUAGCGGCUUGUUUUAUAUAUUUGUUAUCCUUGUCCUUUGUGUUUAAUAUUGAUUGAUAAUACCAUGUAAAAUUGUGGUAUCCAGAAAAUAUCAUGCCAUAUUCUUCUUCUUAUUACUACAGUAUUACUGUAUCAUCACAAUAGAGCCCCAUUGUAAAAACCGGUUCUAACACGUCUGCGGUUAUGCAAGCCAAUCUCGAUGCUUUCAUUUACGUAGAUAUAGUAUAACCAGCAGUGUGAUUAGAAGUAAAGUCCUCACCAACAGUGUCUGGUAAACCAGCAUUACGUGUUUAGUAAUCGGAUUCUACUGAUGAAGCCCAACAACUCGAAACUAAGUAAGAGUCUUCUUGGUUCUUUCGGUAAAGUCACGUAGAAGGGAAGUAAUAAAAUAAUAAAAAUAAAACAUAAUAAAAUAAUUCUCACGACGUUUCGGCCACAACGCAAGCAGCCGUCCUCAGGUGAAAACCAGGU